AUGCUCCAUCUCCGCGGUGGCAAUUGUUCCAUCGUCGCUGCGCCGGAAAAGCUCUCUCCGCAAGAGGUCAUCAAAUUGAAAGAAACAAGAUUUCCCCGAGGAUCUAGUGCUGCGAGCCAAUGGUUUGCUAUGUGGAACCAGCUCUUUCCCGGACACACUGAGCCACAGACUCCCUACAAGGAGUCCAACAACAUCAAGGAGGUCAUUUCUCUCAUCUCGCCCACCGUAGAGAGUUACUUCCAUGCUGCCUUUCCUGUUCUGUCUCCGCAGCAUCGCCAGAGCGAUGUUUCACCCAUCAAGAUUAUCAUGGACAAUGUCUGGCGUGAUUUCUGCAACAACCUCCCCACCUCACGUCAAGGGCCCUCCAUCGAGCGCCCAAGCCUGGAUAAUAUUGGCCACAACCAGGGCAGCAGGGUUGCUCCCACCAUUCUGUUAUCACCAUCCUUUACAAACUCACAACAUGAUGCUAUAGCCGUGCUUGCGUCUCCCUCUCUUGGGAACAACCUGACAAGCAUGGCCCCGACUAUCGAUUCAACAUUGGGGUUCGGGCUGCCUGGAAUUCCGGUGUCUAUUAACACAGGACCACACAAUGCCUUCUUCAUAGCCGAUCCAUUCUCGCCCUAUAUCUAUGAUCACACCUUUGGGGAUGCAGAUGUAGAUGAAUCCGGGUUUGCCGAGUUUGGUGCAGACAAUUAA